AUGGCCCGCAAAGGCGGGAGCUCGACUCAGCGGAUGGCACCGCCACCAGUGACUAACGGCAAUUCGAAUGGCGUUCCGCCCCCUUCGACCAUCGCGGCUCAAAUUGUACAUAACGCUUCAAAUGUCAAUGCGCGGCAUGGCCAAGUAACAAAAGUCAGUUUUGGUGAACUAGUAAAGGAGUUUCUUCAACAUCCAAACACCGACGAGCCUGAUCAACAACUCGUAGCGCUCGUGUGCGUCAUCGCGGAAGCCGGUCUUGAGGGACUGUUCAAACAUGAUCCGUUUGCCCAGGACCAGCAGAGGCAGCAAGGCAUUGACAGUAUUGCCGCGCUCACCUUCAUCCUGCAACAAAAGCCACAUCUACUGCUGAGCACCCGGGACAGCGAAGACGACGGUAUACCUCGGCCUCCACUUAUUCUCUGGUUAUACCCCAAGUUACUGGGCCUGUUGACGUAUACAACACUCGAUUCUGUGCACGAACAUGUACAGCAACUGCUCCAUCUGUGCCUAAGCGUGCUUGCUCGGACAUCUGCCCUCUGGCGCUCAGCUGCAGUAGUCUCACAACUUUACAGGUCGUGUGUGCAAUCUAUCCUGACAAAAUUGCAAUCCGUGGACGAUCCGGUUUCGGUACCUGCGCCGUCUUUCAGUGUUGCCCUGCCAUCAUCAAGCAACAUCAGUGUGUUCUGGCCAGAAAGCCAACAAAUUAUUGCUUUGCCCCACGAUCUGCAGCGAACCAUCACUUCGCAACUCGGUGCCAUCAACGUUGGUUUCUGUCUGCUUCUGGCGUUGGCUAAUGCUAUCCAGCCUCAAGAGAGGGAAUCUGUGACGCCUGGUGCCUUAGAUCAUCAUCUACCCUGGAUCAUAGAUAGUGCUCAAGCUUUAUGGAAAUAUUUCAGGCGAUGGACAACAAGCUCGGCGAAGCGUCCUUUCUCCGAUGAGAUUACGCUUGUAUAUUUGCAGCUACUAGAAAUACUGUUUCUUCCUUCAUUGGCGCCUGGAGACCGCACCUGUACUUCGUUGAAGAAUGCGCAGGCACUAAUCACUAGCCUCCGCGAGUUUGUUGAUGGUUUACCAUCAUUGCCGGCAUCAGAGAGCAGUCAAGUGCGGCUGGCCAUCAUCCUCACCCACUUACGCAGUGCACUUGUCUCAUCGCCUGAAAAUAUCCCGACAAUCCGGCGUCGGCAAGAAGCGAGCAGAACAAUCGUUUUACACGAUGUUGAGGAGAUCAUAGCUAAGGCUUGCCGGGAUGUGGAUCAUUUUUCUAAGCUCCAUAAAGACUUACAGCUGGCCCUUUGUCUCUGGACCGCACCAGGCACAUGGCCUAUGUCUGUCGCAGACAUACGUAAAGAGCUCUGUGAGAGUGACACUGGCAAUUUUUCGAACGCUCAACUUGCUGAGGAAUCAACGCGAAUCCUAAAACUAUUCCGCGUAUUAAACCUAGGAACCGAAGAGAGGCCUACCAAGCGGCGAAAGACAUUACCAGACACUUCUGACAUCAACCGUACUAUAUAUGAGCGACUCAUGAUGGUAUUGAAUGGCAGUAGUCAGGACUCACCUGUUUUCAACCUGUCUAAUCUUCACAACAUCAUGGAAACAAGGUACUCAUCCAUGAUGGACGACGAACGGCAGAACGAGCGUACACAAGUGGAUAUUAUGACAGCAUUCACAAAGAUUGCAUGUGCUGGAUCCCGGUGUUUGGAACCAUCACAAUCAGCUUCGCAGCCACUGCAGUCACUUGUCUGUAUGUUGUGUGAUGCUAACUCACGAAAUGGACGAGACGCCGCGAUGCAUUGGAACGAACAGGACGAUGCAGAGAGCUGGAAGGACGCUAUUGCUGCCAUGCUUGCGAUCACGAAAGAACCAGAGUUCGAGGCGUCAUCGCAAUCCCGAGUGCUUAUGGCUGUGGCCAUUGGUCGUGUCUACAACCAUAUCUCUGACCCUGAGUAUCUGUCUCUCGAGGUAUGUGAGCUAGGACAGUGGCUGCUUGCGUCUAUGAGUAGAUCUUUACGGGAACUGAAACUCGCUGCGACAAGUUCCUUGAUGGUGUUUUUACGAGAUGACAUAUCCAAAACCGUUCGUGGGAAAAAUCGACGGUCUUUCGUAGAGUUUCUGGAUGCUCUGGCGAAACGCAACAUCUUGUCCGAUCAGGAAACGUUGAUCAUCGCAUAUGGUCGAACCGCAUUGACAUGCGGUGAACUAGAGCUACCCAUAAUAUUACACCACCUCAUCGAAUACCUAGGCCAUCCAAACGCACUGGUAUGCGGUAUGGCUUACCGCGAACUUGAGUCGAUCGCUAAAGGGUAUUCCAUGGAUACGAUGCAGCUUUUAAGCCCUUAUUGGAAGGUCAUUGGCUUCUCAGUCAUCAAGGACAUCGUCAAUCAGCCUCAGAAGGCGCAGCAGCUGGCUGACUUGACUGAGCAAAGCGUCCGUCAAUUAUUGGUGCAGACCCAAGCGGAUACUCUUCCUCAUCUUGUAUUGAGCAAACGAAGAGACAUCAUUGAGAAGAUCGCCCAGGCACGGAAAGCUUCUGUCAUUGACGUCUUGACGCAUCCAAGAGCCAACCUUGCGAGGAUACUCGCCUUGCUUCUAUCACAGCCCGUCGCUGAAGUCGAGCAGACAGCGAUGGAGACUCUAGCAGCCAUUGAGCCUGCUAUCCGGGAUGGCAGUAAUAACAAGCUCGAAUCUUGGGUUGCACUAGAUAUAACUGGCGUUGCCAUCGAGAUACUGAAACUAGCGGCGGACCAAGAAAUUGUUAGGAAAAAGCCCUAUUACAAAGGAUUCAGUACCCUUGCAUCGCUCGCGCCGGACACGAAAUCAGGUCAGCGUAAAUCUACUUCAAAGACCAAGAACCUGGAUGCAUUCUGCGAGACACAUAUUCUAGGCAUUAUAGCAUAUUUCUCGAAUGUCAUCGAAGCCCCCAACGCCCAGGGAAAGGCAACACCCCAUACAAUGCCCGAAAGGAAGAGAUGCAUAGCUGCUAUAGGGGAUCUUAUCCACCUUGCACGAUUUAGCGUAAAUGGAGCGUUGCCACAGAUUCGCGCCUGUCUCCAAUCGGCCAUGGGAGAUCCAGACCUAUGCGACGAUACAUUCACUGUCUGGUCUGCGUUCUUGGCAGCUCUCGAUGGAGACGAGACAAUGCUAGUCGUUGAUCAAACAUUCGCAUUGAUCGUACAACACUGGUCAAUUUUCUCCGAAGAUACGCAGCUCAAGGCUCACAAAGCUAUUGAGGGCAUAAUACAGCAGUAUAAUGCGCAACUUCGAGAUAGAGUGGAAUACCUUCCUUCAUUAGCGGGCAUACCAAUGCUCUCCAAAAUUGAGGGAGAAUUGGUAAAGUUCAAAGAUAUGGUCGAGACCAUCAAGGUCUUCCAUGCCUUCAGCAAUCGAUGCAAAGAUCAGAACUCAGUCGUAGUGCGACAGGCACUGAUAGAGCUUGUGCCAUUUCUAGAUGCCAACCAGCGAGAGCUGCACCAGUCAGUAGUCGGUCAAAAGCCUCUCCCGAUAUUAGCGGCGUUGACGCGGUCUCUCCUUGACGCCAGCGUACGGUUCUCUGAAGACUAUUCUGAUAUCACCAUCCUUUGUGCUCAAUGCCUUGGUAUCAUCGGCGGUCUUGAUCCAUAUCGAGUGGAAACAGUUCGUGAAAAGAAGCGCGUCUUGAUGCUAUCAAACUUCUCACGGAGAGACGAGGACAUCAAUUUUGUGGCAUUGCUCCUGGAGCAGGUUCUGGUCAAAGUCUUCCUGUCUACCACAAAUGCUAAAGCACAGGGCUGGAUCGCCUAUGCCAUGCAGGAGAUGCUCAAGCAUUGCGGGUUCAGCGCUCUCCGCGGGGCAAAGCCUCGGUCUUCGCAGACUAGCACAGAGGCACAACGCUGGAAUGAUAUUCCAGAGGCCGUCAGAACUGUUCUGACGCCCUUCCUGGAUUCCAAAUAUUCCGUCAACAUGAAUCCAUCAAUACAGUACGAGGGUGCAACAUAUCCGAUCUUCAACUCGAAGCUUAGCCAUGGAACCUGGCUCCAGACCUUUGUUUACGACCUGUUGCGAAAAGGGCAAGGUGUCAAUGUUGAGAUGGUCUUCCCUGUUCUGGCUAGAAUCAUCAGGGGCUACGAUUUAUCAAUAGCUACAUUCAUCCUUCCGUUCGCAGCUCUUAACGUUAUCGUAUCUGACAGCGAUGAGAACAAGGCAAAUGUUGGCCGAGAGCUCUUGCAGGUGCUGCAGGCCGACUUGCGCAAGGCCCUACAACUACUCCAUCAAACUUUAUUCGCUGACCCAUCGCAGAAUGUGUUUCAGACACUCGACUACCUGUCACUAUGGCUACAAGAGAAGAAGAAAUCCCUGAUUGACGCAAGAACAAUGGCGGGAAAAACGGGACGUGGUGUGUCCGAGGACGAGGAGAUGAACUCGAUCAAGCAAGUCAGUCGCGUUGAAGGGAUACUCCAGCUUAUCCCCGCGGAGAUUAUAUCCCGACGAGCCGUUGAAUGCGGUUCGUAUUCUCGAGCCUUGUUUCACUGGGAACAAUACUUUCGCCAGCAGCAAGACAAGAAAGCCGCGUCGAAGCAGCCCUUCCCCGAGAAAGACAGUUUGCUGCAACAUUUACAAAUGAUCUAUGCGCAUAUCGACGAGCCGGACAGCAUUGAGGGGAUAUCGGCCCAUCUCAAGGUCCUCAAUCCUGAGCAGCAGAUUAUCGAAGAUCGUAAAGCUGGACGGUGGACAGCGGCUCAGAGUUGGUAUGAGAUUGCACUUUCUGAAAAACCGAACGAUGUUGAGACUCAGAUUAACCUUCUCACCUGCCUAAAAGAGUCCGGUCAAUACGACUCGAUCCUCAAUUACGUAGACGGCUUCCAUGCGACUAACUCGCUUUUGAGUAGUACAUUGCCUUUCGCAGCUGAAGCAGCUUGGUCUACUGGUAAAUGGGAACAACUCGAUCGACUUCUUGGUACAGUUAAUGUCGCAGACUCGAAUCUUUUCAUAGAUUUCAACGUUGGACUAGGCCGAGCGUUGUCAGCACUUCGUCACAAGAACCGUAUCGAGUUUCAGGCCAUUAUUGCAAAACUGCGAGAAGUUCUGGCAAAGAGCAUGUCCCCAUCUACCACAGCGUCUGUACAAGCAUCGCAUGAACACCUUGUGAAAUUGCACGCGCUAUACGAGAUAGAAGCUGUAAGCGGUAUGAGCAAUGGGGUUGCGGCGGACCGUGAAGUUAUCCUUGAGAACUUAGAUCGCCGGUUGGACGUCAUCGGAGCGUACACAUCAGACAAACAGUAUCUUCUGGGACUACGCCGUGCCGCAAUGACAUUGUCUCGCAUCGAAUUUACGAAACUCGACAUCGCUUCGGCAUGGCUCACAACAGGACGGCUGGCUCGUAAGGGAGGCUUCAUGACGACUGCUUUCAAUUCAGUGCUACACGCCGAGCGACUUGGAGAUAACGCAUCUAAAAUCGAAUAUUCGAAGCUUCUUUGGAAAGAAGGUCACCAUCGUAAGGCCAUUCAAAACCUUCGUGGUGCUAUCGACAGCAACGCGUUCCAGCGGGAGGACACCGUGCCCAUCAACAUCUCUGUUACUACAGCCGGUCGAGACGAAGGGCAUUCCAUGAACAAGGUUAAGUGCCAUGCUCAACUACUGCUCGCUAAAUGGCUAGAUCGCGCAGGUCAGACCCAGUCGAUGUCUCUGAAAGAGGAGUAUGUAAUUGGUGUGCAAACGUAUCCCCGGUGGGACAAAGGUCACUACUACCUGGGUCGAUGGUAUCUGAAGCUUCUGGAGUCAGAGAAGCGGCAGCCAAUAACAAAGCAGAGCUCCGAGUAUCUCUCGGGAAGCCUCGUCAAGCUGGUCGUUGAGAACUUCACUCGCUCUACGGUGUAUGGGACGAAGUACUACUACCAGACCCUGCCCAAGAUACUUACGCUAUGGUUGGACAUGGGUAUGGAAGUCACGCACAACAUGCCCAGAACCACCAAAGAUAAGGAGUUCCAUGGGCAUCGGCUCAACUACCUUGAACACAUCAACAAAUAUGUCGCGCGCUACGCAGCAGAACGAAUGCCUGCAUUUGCAUGGUAUACCGCUUUCCCGCAGAUCAUCACACGCAUCAGCCAUCCAAACAAGAGCGUUUGGGAGGCUCUCCAGGCGAUUAUCAUCCGAGUCGCUUCAUCGUACCCGCAGCAGGCGCUUUGGGCUCUAUUUGCCGUCCUUCACUCUACACAGGAUGACCGCAGAGCCCGGGGCACUGCCGUUCUGCAGAAACUGCGCGACGCAACGAAGCGCAAGGGAGCUUUCGUCGACCUCAAAACCCUAAUUGGUCAAGGACAGCGACUUACUGAUGCGCUCCUGGCAGCUUGCGACGCUCCUAUAGAGUCGCGAAUAGCACGCGUGAGUCUUUCGAAGGAGCUGGGAUUUAACCACAAGUUGGCUCCCACGCUUCUAGUGGUACCUGUUGAGGCCAAUCUGCUUCCCAACCUGCCUGCUAGCAACGACAGCCAGUCCCUCCGUCGUUACAACCCAUUCCCAGCCGACGCCAUCACGAUACAGUCAUUUGAUGAUGAUGUACUGGUCUUGUCGUCUCUACAGCGUCCACGAAAGCUCAACGUACGCGGUUCAGACGGACGCUCAUACGGCUUACUUUGCAAACCAAAAGACGAUCUACGCAAGGAUCAGCGGCUCAUGGAAUUCAACGCCAUGAUCAAUCGGGCUCUCCAAAAGGACAUCGAGUCGAGCAAACGUCGCCUGUACAUCAAGACAUACGCCGUAACACCUCUCAACGAAGAGUGCGGAGCCAUUGAAUGGGUCGAAGGCCUCAAACCGAUGCGCGACAUCAUCCUUCGUUUCUACCGCCAACGCAACAUUGCAAUCGACUAUACAGAGAUUCGUCUACUGUUAAACGAAGCCUGCUCAUCACCCUCCAAAGUCACCAUCUUCACUGAACGCAUCCUCGGUAAGUUCGUGCCUGUGUUACAUGAAUGGUUCGUAGAGACGUUUCCGGAGCCAGAAGCGUGGUUCGCAGCGCGUCUUCGGUACACACGGUCUUGCGCGGUGAUGAGCAUCGUUGGGCACGUACUAGGUCUAGGAGACAGGCACGGUGAGAACGUUCUCCUUGAGCAAGGCGAUGGUGGCACUUUCCACGUAGACUUCAACUGCCUCUUUGACAAGGGUCUCACGUUUGAGAAACCUGAACUCGUGCCCUUCCGCCUGACACACAACAUGGUCGACGCCAUGGGUCCCCAGGGCGUUGAAGGUCCGUUCCGCAAGGCCGCUGAGCUCACGUAUAAGCUGCUUCGACAGCACGAAGACACGCUCAUCACUAUUUUGGAGACAUUCGUGCAUGAUCCCACGGCAGACUUUCUGGGUGGUAAACGGAGGAAGAAGAUUGUGGGUGUACCGGAUACGCCGCAGGAGGUCCUUGAUGUCACGCGCACAAAGGUGAACGGGUACUUGAAGGGGGAGAGUGUACCGUUGAGUGUAGAGGGGUACGUCGAGGCACUCAUUGCUAUGGCGAGGGACCCGCACAACUUGGCAGCCAUGUACAUUGGGUGGUGUGCUUUCUUCUAG